AAGUACAGGCUAAGAAUCAUCGCACAAGCGCGUCCCACUCCCUGUCACAAGACGCGUCAACUGUGGAAUUACAAAGAAUCCAUUUCAAAUCCAGGACACUUUAAACUGUUGGAAAAGGAGGCAUAAUCAUGAUGAGGUCUUAUUAGUUCUGGAUCUAAUUGCAGUCGGGCUUAAUACUAGAAGACUCACAAUGUCAUCUGCGGGCAGCGAUGACCUCGACGGCCUCAUCGGGGAUCUCGAAGAGGCCUCGAAAGUACCGGCAAAGCGGCGCGGGACAAGCAUCAAGUCGACAGUCGAGACCACAACCUCGCUGCUCUACGACCGGGGGGCCCUACCCGAAGAACUCGCCCGUCUUGUUGACCUGUUAACCGUCCGAAACCACCUCGACCAAGCCAGUCUCGGCGCCAUUGUCCGGAACCUAUACCCCUCGGGGAAGGUUGGCGAUGAGGUCGUCUUGCGUUUCGUCGGGGCGCUGGGGCACGGCCAACUCAAACCCUCUCUGCCGCUCCAGGCUCUGUUACUCCGAUGGAUUGUGAUGGUUUAUCACUUACUGGAGAACCCGGCCAUCCUGUCGCAAUCAUAUGGCGUAUUGUUCAACCUGCUAGAUACCGCUGCUAUCAGACCCCAGCUAUGUCAUCUCCUUGCCCUGGUGACGAGGCGGAAGCAUGUGAGGCCAUUCCGUAUACAAGGAAUACUCGGCUUGUCCCGCCAAACGGGCGGCGAUCACAACUUGACCGGUCUGUUGCGCGUAUUCAAGAACUACUACCCCGAAAUCAUUGUGGGAGACAUCACAAAAGGGCGAGCGGCAUCCUUCAAACACCCUGAUCCGCAAUGGCGGGCAAAACUCGACGAGAUCCAACAUCAGCGUUCCGAACGCCAUGACGAUGGAGGCAUCAGGAAUGGUUUUGCUGUAAACCACUUAUUCGGUCGGCGGUUGCAGGGGGCGAAAGCCCUGCUUCCAACCGUCCACACCAUGCACGCCCAAGAGACUUCUGUUACCCUGGAAGAGAUUGACAACGCCGAAUCCUUUGUCAAAAAGCUCGAAAGAAUUGAGUUGCCUACCCAGCUCGUUGCUGUGCUGGCGGAUCCGCUUCUCCAGAAGUUCUUGCUCCUACGGCCAAACGCCGAAGCGUCGUCCCGUAUUAGCAACUGGCUGAUGGCGUGCUUGGGCGAUGUUGCCAGCGGUGAUGCCGACUCGGAGAUCUUCCUCGACAUGGUCGACGUGAUUCAUGAUUAUGCAGUUGCCACCAAGACACUACCUCCUAUACUUCUUACCUUCUUCGCGCAGUUUCUGGACACCUGGAACGGUGUGGAUAAACGGGAUAUUGUGCUGGAGUCUCUGAGCUUCAUCCCGAUGAUGGAGUUCAAGGAACUGCACAAAAUCCUGCGGGCUCUACAGCAGGCAGUCCUGGACAACACCGCGGUUGCUCAAGUAGCGAUUCUAAAGUUUUACACCCUCCUCCUCCAACGGUGGACCAUCAUUCUGGAAGUUACAAACCGCGCUGCUUCUCUCCCCGUGGCUGCGGUGCCCACUCUUAUCAUCCAUGUCAACGAACUCGCCCUCACGAUAACCCAAACCUCGCCCACCGUCAGCACUUACCUACACAUUCUCGACUUCUACAAAGCCGCGGCGACCCUUUAUUCCAAGACGAAGCUGCUCCCCCACAUCGACAUAGUCAACCCGCCCCCGCUGCUCGUCUACCUCCUCUACUUCAGCCCCUCACUAGCCGUCGUAUCCCGACUGUGCGGCAUCCUCGCCACCUACAAGCGCGCCUGGGAGAUUGUCAUGUCCCCGGCGGUGAAGCGGCCGGUGACCGACCUCGAGCAGCGGCAGAUCAGGGUGUUCAACGGCUUCCUGAUGGACAUCUGCAACUGCCUGUGGCGCGGCCGCGCCUUCUCGACAACCGACGCCAACGCGCAGGGAUGCCGUAUCCAGGAGCCUGUGAAGGCGGCGCUCGGGGCCUACAUCCAUGCGGCGGACUCGGACCUGUCUCUCGAGGUGGCGUUUGGGCUCUCGCACUCGCCGCUGCUGUGUUUGCUAUCCGCGUCGUACGUCCAGCAGCUGGAGGAGGAUGAGAUGGAGGAUCUUCGCGCCAGACACGCGGGACCGGUGACCCAGCGUUCGUUAGGGCGGCUCGCCAAGCGCGGUGGCCUUGAUUUGUCGUGGCAGGAUUACCGGGCUGGUGUGUUGUCGUAUCUGGAAGCCAAGGGGUUCCCUGGCAUCUUUGAGUUGAUACGCAGCACGAUGAAGAAUGUUACGAGGGCGGAGGGGACCGCAACGGGGCAGUAGCGGCCAGUUAGUUGUGAAGAUACCCAGGUGUCGAUCAAUGGACAAUCAUGUUGAUAUUGACUGUCUACCAGUUGAUGUACCGUACCGCAAGAUGCGUUUUUGAACUCCAUG